GGAGGCAGGCCGCCCUCGACGUUCAUAUUCACAUAGAAGGAAAUGGCUUGGAGCGGUUGCUCAGUAACGCCCUACACGACCAGGCUCCUGGGGCUGGAUCUGCGGUGCCCUGGCGGCCCUGGGACAGUGGCGGAAGCUCCUGUUCGUUUAGGGCUGCACGAAGCAGCUUCCCCCGAGCCCAGGGUCGGACCCCCGAUGUCGGCUUCAGACGCCCCGCGUUUGCACAGUUUUGCUCCCCGUGUAGUUUGAGUUUACGAAGAGGAAACCAGGAGCGACACGGGCUGCAUACUGAAUCUUUAACGGAUGUAGCUUGGUGAUCGAGUCUGUGUUCGCUUGCUCGGAAGGCGGUGCCCUUGGUUUUCCUGCUGAGCUCCUUGCUAGUUAGCAAGGCCCUGAAACUGGAAUGGGCUAGAGAUGUGUAACCACCUAGACACUGCCCUCUGCAGCCCGUGCGAGUCAAGUUCAUAAACUCGCUUCUAAGGGUUGUUUAGGUCGAUUAGUCCCCGCGCUCCUCUGUGUGGGCCACUCUCACGGCUACCUUCCUGCUCCGCACGCACGCUGUCGGCUUGCAAAAAGCAACAUGGACCUCAAAGUUGCAGGCAUUGAAUUUCUGGUUUAUGUUAGCCCUCCCCUCCGCCCCCAAGAGCUAGGUUGGUUUCUGCAGUUGCACAAAGCCACAGAACUCUCACACCUGUGGAGAUCAGAAUUCCCUACUGUGGGCCUCCGCGGGGCUCGGGUUUCUUCAGCUGCCCCAUCCCUGUGUGUAGUUGAUCCCAGGUCUCACCCCGAGAUCUCCCUGUGUGCUUGACUGAUAGACCUUUUAAAUCCUACCUGCAAACGGCUCUCUGGCCUCUUUCUGCUGUUCUACACUGACCUGUUUGCCUCCCGAGGUGUGCUUGGGUCCCCUGGAAUUGCACCUCCGCCUAGCCAGCUGCAGCGGAAUACAGUAAUGAGUUCGUGGCCUAGCAACCUCCGAAGUGGCCAAAGCAAAGGAGAUUUGGUGAUGGAGGCUUUGUUGGAAGGAAUGCAAAAUCGGGGGCAUGGUGGGGGGUUUUUGACAUCGUGUGAAGCAGAACUACAAGAGCUCAUGAAACAGAUCGACAUCAUGGUGGCUCAUAAAAAAUCAGAGUGGGAAGGGCAGACUCACGCUCUGGAAACUUGCUUGGACAUCCGUGAGCAGGAGCUCAAGACUCUCAGGGGCCAGUUGGAAAUGAAACACAAGGAGGUUGGAAGGUUGCAUCAGCAGAUGGAAGAACAUGAGAAAAUCAAGCAAGAGAUGGCUAUGGAGUAUAAACAAGAGUUAACGAAACUACAUGAAGAAUUAGGCAGACUGAAAAGAAGCUAUGAAAAGCUGCAGAAAAAGCAAAUAAGAGAAUUCAGAGGAAAUGCCAAAAAUCACAAAGAAGAUCGUUCUGAAAUUGAGAGGUUAACUGGAAAAGUAGAGGAAUUCCGUCAGAAGUCGCUGGACUGGGAGAAGCAGCGUUUGAUUUAUCAGCAACAGGUGUCUUCUCUGGAGGCACAGAGGAAGGCGCUGGCUGAACAGUCAGAGAUAAUUCAGGCUCAGCUCGCCAACCGGAAACAGAAGUUGGAAUCUGUGGAGCUCUCCAGCCAGUCGGAGAUCCAGCACCUGAGCAGCCGCCUGGAGCGGGCCAACGACACCAUCUGUGCCAACGAGCUGGAGAUCGAGCGCUUGACCAUGAGGGUCAAUGACUUGAUUGGAACCAACAUGAACAUUCUGCAGGAGCAGCAGCAAAAGGAAGACAAGUUGAGGGAGUCCGAAAAACUGUUAGAGGCUCUUCAGGAAGAGAAGAAAGAAUUGAAGGCCAGUCUUCAGUCCCAAGAAAAUCUCAUCCGUGAGGCAAGAUUGCAGAAGGAAAGCCUACAAGCCAGAUUAAAGGCAGCUGACUUUCAGUGCACAGCAGAGGCCCCAAGGCUACCAGCGGGGUCUCAGGUGGAAAAGAAGGAGGUCUGUCCAGGGCAGGGGGACCUGGACAGUGUGCUCUCCCAGCUGGAUUUUACCCACACCAGUGAAGAGCUCCUGCAGGCGGAGGUCACCCGUCUCGAAGGCAGUUUGGAAUCUGUGAGUGCAACGUGCAAACAGCUGAGCCAAGAAUUAAUGGAAAAAUAUGAAGAAUUGAAGAAGAUGGAAAUACAUAACAAUGAAUACAGGGCAGAGAUUAAGAAGUUGAAAGAACAGAUUUUACAGACUGAACAAAGUUACAGUUCUGCUUUAGAAGGAAUGAAGAUGGAAAUCUCCCAGCUAACAAGGGAGUUACAUCAACGAGAUAUCACCAUUGCUUCUGCUAAGUGUUCCUCCUCAGACAUGGAAAAGCAGCUGAAAGCAGAGAUGCAAAAAGCAGAAGAAAAAGCAAUAGAGCAUAAGGAGAUUUUGAGUCAGCUGGAGUCACUCAAGUUAGAAAAUCGUCGUCUUUCUGAAACAGUAAUGAAAUUGGAAUUGGGCUUACAUGAGGCAAAAGAGAUCUCACUAGCAGAUCUUCAGGAGAAUUAUAUUGAUGCAUUAAAUAAAUUAGUGUCCGAAAAUCAGCAACUACAGAAAGAUUUGUUGGAUACCAAAUCUCAGCUGGAGAUUUCUACUCAGAUGUGCAAAAAAAAAAUUGACAGAACUUUCAAACCAACACAGAGCAGAACAACUGAGUUCAAGGAAACGGAGUUCAAGCCAACCCACAGCCAGCGCAGGCCUGGUGAGGCAAAGGCUGAGCACUACAAAGCAGGUCUGCAUCCCCCCCGAGGACAGCCGGCGGACAGUCCUGAGCCCCUGGCCAGGGUCCUCAGCCCCCUGACUUCUCCGAUCAGCCCUUGCAGCUCCACCGUCUCUUUGCCUUCUUACUUUCUGUGUCAGACUCACUCUUUGCCUUCCACGCUAGAUAUGAAUGAAGCCAACUUUUCUGACAGUGUAUCUGAGAGUAUGAAUGACCAAGAAGAGUUUCUGUCUUCGUCUUCUCUGCCUGUGUCCCCCCUUGGUUCGAUAGCUACCCGGUUUUUGGAAGAGGAGGAGCUGCGGUCUCAUCAUAUUCUAGAGCGACUGGAUGCGCACAUUGAAGAACUAAAAAGAGAGAGUGAAAAGACAGUGAGGCAGUUCACAACCCGAGUGUAGCCUCCGAGAAAGUCAGAAACGAGCACGCAUAAACAACACCCGAGAGUUCGUCAUCUCGACUAGCAGCUCUUUAAAACAAACAUAAUUUUUACAGAUAACACGUACUAAAGCGGGGGCGAUGAAGUCGAGAAAACUGCCUCAGACAUUUACAGUGCACUGGUUUGUUUGGAGGACGUCUUCCAGCAAUAACUUGUGAAAAUAAACCACUUUGCAGACUUU